UUUUGAUUUAACGUUCAAACAUGAUCAAGGUUUUGUUAUCAUUCUUUGCUAUAAUCGUUAUAGCUUCAGCGGGAACUGUUCCGCGACAGUAUUCCAAUGAAGCCGAAUUACCCCAAUCUAAUAUCCACAAAAAUGGAAUAACUGGUAGAGGAUAUUUUCUAAGCUCAAAAGGAAAACAAGUGGUGGAAAACUUUGUAGCACAAUUCGAAAAUGGAUACUCACACGAUAAUAUGACCAUCGACUUCAGCAAUUCUGUCAUUGGGAGCGAAGUCACAAUUGAAAAUUUACUUGUUAUGGGGCUCGACAAUGUCGAGAUAAAAAAACUCGAUAUCGGCUAUACUCUUAGUCAGAGUGUUAAGUUCAAUUUCCUUCUACCAAAAGUCGAUAUAACUGGAAAAGUACUUACUAAUUUGACGAUCGAUGCUUUAAGCAAACUCGGACUGAAAUUAAAUGGAAAUGUACACAGUGAUGCAGAAUUGGUAUUGCAGAACGUGACAUUCCAAGGUUAUUUCAAAUAUAAAAUGCCAUUUGUUUUCGGAAGUGUUAAGAUCUAUAAGUUUGAAGCUUCAAUUCAAGUGGGUAACAUAGUGUCGAAGAUUGAUGGACUUAUGGGAAAUGGAUUACUCAAUCAGCUUUUGAAUAGCAAAAUCGAAAAAAGUUUACUACAGCUUGUCAACAGUAGUAAGGGCCAGACAAAAAUUAGUACAUUGCUGAGGGAUACUCUGGUACCGUUUGCUAAUUCGAAAUUCGAGGGCAGUAACAUUUGGACAAUUCUUGGAUAAGUUUUCUGUGUUGAUUGUAAAAAAAUAUUAAUAUAAAAA